UCCUCUGAAAUCCCUAAAACUGAGUAUCAUACCCUAGGGUUAUUGCUUCUUCUCAUCCUCUCCAGAACAUGUACGGUUCCGUCUUCGGUCGUCAGGAUCUUUCCAUCUCCGGUCGUCAGAAUCCUCCCGUCGUCGGAGGAUGGCGAAUUUUGGAUGAUCCUGAAAUAAGAGCCUAUUAUCUGAAACCACGAUUCUGUUGGUAUGCUGACGUUGAGGGGUUCGACACUUCGCUCCCUGCGGAUGAGAUCAAGGAGUCGUUGAUCAAUCAUUUCAAGUCAUGUGGAGUAAUCGGUAGAGUCUUUCUUGACACAAACCCUGAAACCAAUGUUGUCGACAGCCAUGCUUCUAUUGUUAUUAUCGGAGAGGACGCUGAUACUGAUGAGAAGGUGAUGGAACUUAAUGGAAGUGAACUGGGAGGAAGGAAACUAACUGUUAAGGUCGAACUGUUUGUGCCACCGAAAUUAAAGGAUGCUCCUUUUAAUUAAAGGAUGGCUCCUCCUGUGUCACAGUUACAUAAUGAAUUUGGUAUUUGAAGUAGAUGCUCUUUGGUGUUCUCAGAUCGUGACAUCCUGUUUACAUAGACACAAAUCCAAAUUCGAGUAAUCUACAAUGUACAGAUGGGAGGUUUUACCAAAA